UCACCCUUCAAUACCGUCUUUCAAUUAGACUGGUCUGAAGCCUUUCAGGCCGUGUUAUGCAUUCGGACAUUCAUGUAAUCGUCCGCUUUCAUGAACAGUCCGUUUUCGCGGGCGAAGAGCUUCGAUGUACAAUCACUUUCAAAAACGUUGCGAACUUGAUCGAACCAGUCAGUCCUUCUAUCCCAAAAAGGCGCAAUAGCCGGCAAGCCAGCAUAAGUCAGAUUGCUGCGCAUUCGUCCAGAACCCAUGGUCAUUCAAGAUUGAGUCAAAAUGGGAGGUCCGCCACCACCGACAAUGAGUGUUUCCCCGACGCGCGCGGUCGACACAAACCGACUGCCUCGCUACAAAACCCUCCACCGGCGAACGAUCUGCCGUCACCUGUAGUAGAGAGACCCGGCUUCAAGCAGAGAUCGGUAUCCAUCAUCUCAAUGACAUCUCCUAUCGCCGCGACCGACCAUGCGGACGCGUCCGCUGGCAGCUGGGCAAAGCAGCAAAGAUUGAGUCAUCAGCGAUCAUCUACGGUCCAAAUCCACCAUGACUCGCAUCGCAGAACGAGCCAGCUAAGCCAGGCUUCUCGUGGAAGCUCGCCGCAACCACCAACACAUGGUCCGCGCAGCCCGCUGUCACCAGCUGCUGGCCAAAGUCGUGAGUCGACACCGGACUUCAAGUUUCCUGCAGCAGCGGCUCCGACCGAUCGCGUGCGCCAGGCUCUGAGUCCCAGCGACAACAGUGAGCCCGCCACUCGAAUCCUCUCAAGGACGAGUCAAGUGACCAGCGAGCGAAGUAGUGGCGACUUUUAUUCUCUCAGCAAUCACUCGCAGGAGACUCUCAUGUCUGAACAGCCUUCUAUCAUGUCGGAUCACCGACCAACCCCCAGCCUUUCUCUCCCUCUUCCGCGGAUUCCACUAAGGCCGGCGCAAAAGCCUCGAGGCGUCAAUCUGCUCAUGGGCUAUGCACAACUGAACGCCACAUUUACCCUGGACGCGUCACUGGUCGACCAAUCGCAUUUUGAAGAGGUCAAAAGCAAAGGCUUCCUCGGUGGCCAAGCAGGCGGUGGCGUGGUCGGCAUGAAGAAACCUCGCCCGACCAGUGGGUUCCUGGGGAACUUCAGUCUGAAGGAUUUUGGCGAAUCAUUGAACAGCUUGAUCAGCGGCGACGACGGGAGCAGCGUGACGCAAAUGCACGCAAUACGAAACUCUCGAGCCAUUCCGUUGUUGUCGACACCGCAGUCAUUGCUGUUUGUCGACAUGCACCUCGAGCCUGGAGAGGAGCACAGCUACUCGUACACAUAUCCACUUCCACCUGGACUACCAUCUAGUCAUCGAGGCAAGGCCAUCAAGAUAUCGUAUAACCUGACUGUUGGCGUACAGGGUGCACUUGGAGGUCGGGACGUACACACAGUUCGACAAGUCAACGUCCCCGUUCGCGUGUUUUCCGGCGUCAACUACGACGGCGAGAUCUUUGGCCAUGACCUGAUGCAGCCUCAUGUCAUACUGCGAGAUCUCGCCACAACAAAAUCGAUCAUCUCCCUGGAACAUGAAGAAGGUGAAGAAGCCGAAUCUCACGCGACACGAUCACACGAGAAGUCUACCACCGAAUUCCUCGAGUUUGUUGACAAGCUGCUGGACCGCAACCAGCGCAGGCAGUCUAGUAGCGGUACGAUGGAUGCAUUCUUAGCGAAACGUGACGGUGCAGAGGGCCACCAGGGUCUGCAAGCCAUCAACCGGGCUAUUUUCUACAGUAAUCAGAGCACGGAUAGCUCUUCGAGCUCAAACCGGUUUGAAAUUGCGCGAAACGGGCUGAGAGUUGCCGUCAUUGUCAUCGACAGACCUCUGCACCGACUCGGCGAAACCAUCACAGCUGUGAUUGAUCUUUCGGAGAGCCAGGUGUCUUGCGCCAUGCUUCGGUCGACGCUGGAAACUACAGAGAAAGUCAGUCCUCCUCUUGCAGUCAGAUCCGCCGCCACGAUCAACAGGGUAACGAGGAAGAUCUAUGCGGCACAGUCCGAGAAUAUCCUCUUCGCCAAGCGAGUCACAUUUGCUCCAAGUAUCCCAGCGGGAGCGACGCCCACCUUUGUUACCAGUGGUGUCAAUCUCGAUUGGAGUCUCCGUUUUGAAUUUGGGACCAUCAAGCCUGUGGAGACCGAUGAGGGCGAUAUGAAGCAUGUGACUAAUCUGCUUGAAGGGGUCGUCAGGGAUGAACGAGGAGCGAUCAAUGUUGCUGUGGAGCACUUGGAUUGUGAGACCUUUGAAGUCGUGAUUCCCAUCACGGUGUAUGGUGAUCUCGUCCCGGACGGUAGGGAGGGCGGAGAUAUCGUUGGUAUUCCCAUCUAAGAACUGAAGUCUUGUGGGCCGGUAUCAGGCUCUGUUCAGCACGAAUUCAAGGACCAGAAAGGUCACGUAUGCAAUCAGCAUCGCCACUCCAACCAGUCUAUGCGAGCCAACCAGGAUGGCCAGAGUGAGGCUGGCUGAAGAAGCCCACACCCAGAAAAUUUCAUGGGCAUAACUUGCCGACUCUGCAAGACUGGCAGAUCCGAGAAUUGUCACGCCCAAGCAAAGAGUCAACAGGAAGAUAUUGCUUCCGACCGUAUUGGCCACCAUGAUGCCAUGAUGUCCACGGGCUCCGCUAACCACAGCGACAAAUUUCUCGGGUAGAGUCGUGGCGAAGGAUAAGAGUGUGGCGCCGAAGACGGUUUCCGAGAUGUUGAAUCUGGCUGCCAGCAGUCUGGACGAGUGCGAAAGUAGGUAGCCGCUCAUUGAGAGCGCGACAAAUCCGACGAGAAGUCUGCCGAGAUCCCAAAUGAUGCAUCGGUAGUGUUGUCUCUGUCUCCUUCGAUUUAACAAGGCCGUUGACUCGGACUCGUCGAUAUCGUUUCGUGCGUUCGCAUCGGCCCUACCACCACCACCACCACCACCACCACCUACUCCUUCUGGCAUUGAGUCAGGACUCGAGCUAGACUCCGAACCCGAGUCGGAAUUGCCAUACGAAUCCGAAUCUUCAGGAGCAUCCAAGAUACCGCGAUAAAUCGACCAGCCCACACCAACGACAUAGAUGGCAAAAGCUAGCACGAGCAGAGCCCCGGAGACCUUUGUCCACAGCCAGCCAACACCCCAAAGGACCACUACAGCCGUUGUCACUGUAAACAGGACAGUGGCAUAUAGCCUGGCACUCGCGUCGAAGCUGGUGAUGCCGUUUUGGUUUUGGUUUUGGUUUUGUUGCGCUUGCGCCUGCACCAACAGACCCAAGGAGAAGGCGCCCAGGAUAUUGGCGACACAGCUUCCCAAGACGUUUCCCAGGGCCAGGCGCGGACGAUGCUGGACUAAGGCGGCGAUCACAACAAAAAGUUCCUCCCACUCGGCGCCGGCGGUGAGCAAGGAGAUGAGCGUCUCCGAGACGUGGAGCCUUUGGGCUAGUCGGGCCGUCGAUGUGAUGAAGAGUGACGUGCUGUGCUCGAGCGUAUAUAGGCUGAGGAUGAAUGUGCAUAGGGGGAAGAGGAUGGCAUCUGCUGCACCUGCAGCUGCUCGGACGGGGGUUGUCAUGGUACGAGUAAGAUCGAUGAUUGUGCUUGCCAUCGCAAAAAAUAUUCUCGGGUGCUUGUGCUUGUACUCCGCACUGGCGACGAGAAAACUACCUAGAUAGAGUGGUUGUGACAAAGUCGUAGUACUAGUAUGAGAUGUAGGAUGUACUACUCUGGCCGGCGGACGGCGGUGCAUGUCAUUGCUGAGACAUUGUGUCCGUGUCGGUAACUAUAUCAGUUACAGACCAUG